GUCAUCACUUCAUCACUGAGCUCCAACCUGAGCAGACGAGGCUUCAGUCUGUGGCACCAUGAGCACCAGGACUCUGAAGCUCUUCCUCCUCCUCCUCUUCCUCCUCCUCCUCCUCGGCCUCACUGAGCCGUUUGAGGUGAGGGAGGAUGAGUGGGAGGAGGUCGGCGCUGACAUCGCUGCUCUGCAUCGCCUCAGAGGACUCUCUGGUCACAUGGUUCAUGAACGGCUUCAGGACCAAUCACAGAACAGGAACCCGUCCAGACGUGGGGCCAGAGUCCAGAGAGACACUGGAAGGUUGGUCACGGACCAAAACCCAACGAUCUGGCAGGAAACUCUAAAAGAGUGCGACAGUUUCCCAACAUGUGUCGUUCAUAUGGAGCAGUAUCUUGACAACUUCUUAGCAGAUAUCGAUCAACAAAAGACACACGACUGGCUGCUGGGCGCUUCAGAGAUCUCUCACCGCUACAGUCAGAAACUUCUGGUCAUGGCCGACGAAGAAAAGUCAACGAAGGACCGAGUGCAGCAGGAAUACAGCAUGGAUCCACAUUACUCAGUGAUAGUCAGCAAAGACUGUCUCUACAAUGAAUCCUGUGUGGCAGCAGCAGACAGCUCCACUCUGGUGAAAAUAUUUGGACGUGUUUCAGAAGACAGACAAACUGUGUCUGGUCUUUCUGGCUCAUCGCUUGCAGCGAUGAUACUGAGGCCUUCGCUCGAAGCAGCACCGGUUUUCUCCCUGGAUGGAAACACAACCACAGAUUUCCAACAUAGCUUCAUCCGGGUUUUUAUGACCCGUGGGCUCCAGUCAGUCUUAGAAACCAGCCAGGAGAAUCUCCAGAUUUACCAGGUGAUGGAUCAACCUGACUCUGUGUCUAGAUACCAAAUUUCACAAAGACCUGUUGACCACACCACACAGUAUGACCACCAGCAGAUCCUCAUGUUGGAAGAUGAUCCAGUGGUCAGAAAGGCAGCAGCUUAUCUUUAUGAGAAGCAUCCAGCAGUAAGUUCUGUCUAUGUUCUUGAUGAAAACCAAAGACCUAAACUGAUUCACGGCGACCCUGUGCCUCUAUCAGAGGACAGUAGACUGGUCCUGGUCGGCCAUGGGGCAAAUGACAAAGGAGAGAUGAAAGUAUCAGGGUACAACCACGAAGACCUCUCCAGAAUCAUUGGACGUACCUCCAGGGUCGGCAACAAAAUCAAAACAACGAGCAUAGUGGGUUGUGAGGUCGGAUCAGAGAAACAGUUUGUCCAAAGCUUGACGAGGGAGAUCCAUGAGACGGCCGGCAUCGAGACGGAGCUGCACCUGAGGAGCUCUGUGAUCCAGGUCAGACACACCGGAGAGAAAAUCACCUUAGACAUCUCCCCAGAUGGGAAACAAUGGCGACAUAAAGAUGACAGCAAGAAAGUAGUGGCCAUCUUUGACAAGAACGGAAACGUUGUUAUUAGAAAUGAACCGGGCAGUAAAGGAGAAGCAGUUUUUACCAAUGAAAGAAACUUUCUGACUAAUAACAACAACAACAAAAACAGACACCCAAAAAACAAACCCAAAGUCGAACCAAAGAAUUAUAUUGAUGAAGAUGUUUUUGAGUUUGUUGGUAAAAGAAACAUUAAAAGAAUAAAACAUUCCAGUAAUGAAGUCCAAGCUCUGACUCACGGACUGUUUACCCCCAACAAUCAACUUCCAGAGAAAGUCGAGGUCAACGACCCAAAGGAUUUUGUGAUAGGACAGAAAGAUGGUGACAAAAUAAAAUGGAUACAAGAUGAGCACACAGUAAAAAAAACCCUCAAUGAUUGUUAUGAGAUUAAAUCAGGAAAAGAUAUUCGAAAUAUCAUUCGACACUAUGCUAAUGCUAAAGAAAAUAAGUUCACCUAUCUGAUGGUAAAUGACUGGAUUUAUGUUGUUGAUCCUAAAAGUCUGUAUGUGUAUCCAGUUGGAAAAAGAACAAACAAGGGUAACAUUGAAGAAGUGAAGAAAUGUAUCACUGAUCAGAUCGGGAAACACAGCUAUCCAGAUAUACAAGAAAACAUGCUGAAGAACCGUAAUGCAAAAGAAAGCUAUGCUCAGUAUGUGAGAAAAACUUUUCUUGGAGAGCGUCCAUCUACCUCGUCACUUUCCACUGAAUCCUGGUACACGACAUAUUUCACUGCAUCAGUUAUAGCUGAAUCUGCAAGAAAUCACCGCACGUUUCCUCUGAUUCUUAUGGCUGUGGAUAUGAUUGGAAGCAAAGAUAGUGAUAUCCGUAAAAAAGGACAAUAUUUUUUAUUUGAUGGGCAUCCAAUGGCAAGAGGUGGAAGCUGGAUUGAUCCAAACAAACGGGGAUUCAGUGGCUCAGCAACACCAGAAGGUUCAAGUAAAUUAAAAAACUCUCGUAAUACUGAGGAAGAAUUAAUGGAAGACCUUCAAAGUCUCUUAAAGCGUGAAUCUGAUAUAUUCACAACGUGGGAGAAAACUGUUGCUAAGGAUAAAGUAUUUGAUCAGCUAGCUAACAUAGCAAAUGAAUACAAAGUUCUUGACGACACAUCAAAGAAUGAGUUCAUAGUAAAAGCUAAGGAUUAUCACAAUACUGUAACGUCAUCUGGAGAACUGGGAGGAUACAAGGACGGCAACGUAAAAACCCGAGACUUGAUUUCAGCCUCAGAACUAGAGAAUUCCUUCAAACACGAAUCCUACUACUCCAGAGCAUCUGCAUCAGUCACUAACGAGGUCCAGGUUCAACUCAAAGCAAAAUACGGUGAAAAUGUGGCAGGACUUCACAUUCAGGAGGGAACCGCCAGGAUAGAAAACGGAGAGUUUGUAUGUCGACUUGUGUCCAAGGAAGCUGAAGUCAGGUCCGUUGAGUUUAGGGCUCCACUGUCUCCAGAGAGUCAACACUACAAUGACAAGAUGUUGAGGAACAUUGAGACAGCACUUCAUGACAUGGAGAUGCACAGUUCAGCGUCUCCCCACCAAGUCAACAAGUAUGUAGAACGUGUUGGAACAGCAGUGGGGGUGGUGGGUCUCAUGCUGGGAAUGAAGGGAGCUGUUGAUGCCUUUGAACAUGGAGACAUCGAACAUGGUGUGAUGGGGACUUUGCAGUCAGCUCAUGGAGUGGCUUCUAUGAUAUCGCCUGUUAUUGCUCGACAAGCUUUGUCCUCAGAGACAAGGAUCAGCAAAGCUGUUGCAGGAAUCAUGAGAAGUCCUGCAAUGAAGGGCAUGACAGCUAUACCAAUAGUGGGAAUCGGAUUUGGGAUUUACAAUUUAGAGCAAGAUUUGAAGAGAGGUGACACACUGGGAUAUAUCGAUGCUACCUUAGACGGCAUAAUGCUGACUUUAGAUAUUGUUGAACUUGAGAUGCCUAGACUGGCACCUGCCAUUGCACGUAUAAAUCUGGCUCUCUCAGCUGUACGUAUGGUCAUUGAUGAUAUUUAUACAGACAUCCAGCAUGAACUGAGCAGACUCCCAGAGGAUGCUAGAGUUUUAGACAAAGUGUGGGCUGUGUUUAAAGACUUCGGUAAAGGGAUCCUACACUUUGCAAUUCAUGUGGCAAGUUUUUUUUACAACUGGCAUUAUGAUGAAAUUGAGGAGGGACGAAGGUUCGUUGAAGAGAUCUCAGACUAUAGCAAAUAUUACAAUGUUACAAAGGUUCAAAAUGGAACGACUACUAUUGAUUUUGGAGGUGGUUCCUCCUCUUGGAACGGAGGAGGUAUUCACUUCUGCCUUGCUGACCAGGGUCUGUCUAAGUUCUGCAUGGACUCUUUUGUUUCUAGUGAUGAAGAACUCCACUCCAUGUGCUGGGAUAUUGAUGCUCAAGGAAGCAAAGACAUCAUUCUCGGUCUGGGAGAGUCACAUGGACUAGAGUACAAGACACUGCAGAAGAAAGUCCUUCUGUUCAUACCCGUUGGCUCUGUUAACGUGGUGUCAGGUUAUAGAAAUAUUUUAAAUUCAAGAUAUGGGAUAUACAAGGGAAACAAAGAGUCGAAUCGAUUUUUUGCAGCUCAGAAAGCAGAGGAUAAACAUGUGAAGGAAGUCAUGUUGGAUUACUACUACACCCUUUAUGGGGAACCGGGUGAUGACUUAUUUUUUCUCGGGCCACAGAAAAGUUAUGUUGAAGGCUCUGGUGGAAGAGACACUUACAUCAUUCCUGAGCACGGAGGAAAAACCAUCAUUAACAACUAUGAUCCCUGCAAAGCAUUGGACACUCUUAGUUUCAGUGUCGACUACAGUCACAUUUCUGUGGAUAAAUCUGGAGCUGAUGUUGUGUUAAGAUACGAGGACACUCAUACUGUGAUAAUACAGAACUGGUUUGAGGGUGAACUGUACCGUCAUAUGAACCUGAUGUCAGGAGACGGGGUCUUGUUUGAGGUUUCCUCCACGGUGGUGUCUUCUGUUCAGCUGGUGGCCAGAGGAAUUAACAAGAUGAUGAAGCCUCAUGGUGAAACUGUGGACACAUCAAAGCCACUUCUGCGUACAGUCACAAACAUCUUUGGAUCUCAGUACGACGACGUACUCAUUGGAAAUGGAGAGAACAAUCUGAUAGAUGGGGGAGGAGGGCGGGAUGAUUUAAGAGGUGGUGAAGGAGAGGACAUAUACAUGGUUAAAGGCAGAAAGCAGUCUGCAGUGCGGAUUAAUAAUUACUCCACAGACAACAAAAUAGACAUGGUCAUGAUAGAAGCUAAUCUUCAUGCAUUCACAGUUGAGGUCAUGAAUGAUGAUGUUCAUCUGAAAGCGUCCAGAGACAAUAUCCAUGUGAUUUUAGUGCAAUGGUUCAGAUCAUCAGCACAUAGACAUUUACUUGUUGUCACAAAGGAUCUGAUCACCUUCACAAUCUCCGAUAAGAGGUCUGACUGCACAUCAAGGCUCAAUAAAUGCAUACAAAGUCACAUGAUUGACUACAGCAGCUCCCAGGCUCGUCUGGUGGUGGACCUCCAGGAGGACGAGGCGUUAGACAGCGUGACGGAGGUCCGCGGGUCGCAGUUGGAUGAUGUCAUCAAAGGAAACAAAGAGCGAAACGUCAUCGUCCCAGGAAGAGGAGAUGAUUUCAUUGAGGGCAGAGGAGGAGAGGACUGGUUCAUUAUCACUCCAGGGCAAGGGGAAAAAACCAUCAACAACCAAUCCCCAGAUCGAGCCAUGGACGUUCUCUUCCUGAGAGAACAAUAUCAGUAUAUACGCUGUAUUUGUGAACGGUCGAGCAUCAUUAUUUUGGUCAACGGUAGCAGAGGAGUUAUUUUACAGAACUGGUUUAUAUCAAAGGAUUAUCAGCACCUGCAGAUCAAGACCAGUGAUGGAAUAACAGCUGGACUGGCAUCAAACACCAGCAGCUGUGGUCGAUCUUUAAUGAAACCAUUGACUAUUGAUUAUAGAAACCAGGAACCUCAACUACUAGAAGAACACAUCCAGAAACGGUCACUCAGAGAACUAGAAAGGUCACGGUGUUACUGGUACAGGACCAGACACUCAAGAGAAAUACCGUUCUGUGGCGUCAAAGGGAAAGUGAUGAAGUGGAAUGAUCCCGAUUCGGUGAAAGACAUGUAUGGAUCCUCAGGUUUGGACAUCAUGGUUGGGAACAACAACAACAAUUUGCUGGAUCCAUACACCGGGGGUGCAGUGAUGUCUGGAGGCGAAGGAAAAGACACUUAUAUAAUCAAACAUGGAUACGGAAAGAAGUUAACUAUUGACAACUUUGCGGUAGAUCAGAACAUUGAUACUGUGCUGGUUGACAUGGAUUUCCUUCAUGGAAGUCAAGUUAAACUGGACUCGUUCGGAUCAGAAGAUCUGAGAGUAACUAUCCUGACAAAGGAGGAAGAAUUAAGACUCGACCUGCUUGACUACAAAAAAGACGUCCAACAUCAGCACCUAGAGUUUGAGAGCUCUGACGGGGUGCGUUUUAAACUGAGAGCUGUAAAUUCUUCUGAAGAUGCUCCUUUCUUUCAGAUUGAAGCUUUCAAAGUGACUCUGAGACAGUUUCAGGUGGACUGCCGUUUGGACUUCAGCUCUCAGAAAAAUCUGUCCAAGGUCCAUACGGUGCAAGGCUGUCCCUCCCAGUCCAACGACAUAUGGGGCAACGAUCAAGACAACGCUCUGAUUGGUGGGUGGAAGGAUGACGCCUUGGAUGGAGGUGAUGGAGACGACACACUGAUUGGAGGAAAAGGAGCUGACAUCCUCGUUGGUGGGACGGGAGAUGACACUCUGUAUGGCGAGGAGGGAAAUGACACUCUGAUGGGCAACUCUGGACGGGACGUCUUCAUUCCUGGACCAGGGGCUGAUCUAGUGGACGGAGGUCCCGGCAGAGACACUGUCCUGUAUCGUGGUGAUCACCAGAAGGGGACAGGGGUUUAUGUUAACCUUCUGACCGGACAAUGCCGCUACGCUGAUGCUGAGGGGGACGUGUUGAAGGACGUGGAAACUGUGAUUGGCACCAUCUAUUCAGACGUUUUGGUUUCUGGACACGAGAGUUCUCUUCUCAAAGGUUCAGAUGGAAACGACACCCUGGUGUCCACUGGUGGAGAUUACCUGGUUGGAGGGGAUGGAAGUGACAUUUACAUGUUGGCUUUCAACCACGGCUCAGUCACAAUUGACAACUGUGCAAAGGACAACGAUACAGAUGUCUUAUACUUGAGCUCAAAUUCAACACCGAUGUUUGACUGCCAGGUCUUAGACGACAGGGUUCUUCUGACUUUCACUGGACAUGAUCAGAGUAGAGUAAAAGUUGGACUGAAAGGCUGGAUCAGUGAUGAUGGUGAAUGUGGUCAUCUGGUGCUGGUGUUCAGAGACGUAGAGGCGUCGGUGGACAGGCUGCUCCAGGAGUGUCAACGUAGACCGAAGGAAGAAUUUAGGUCACUGAUCAUAAGCUGGGGAAUCUGCAUCAGUGUUGUCCUCUUCCACUCUAUUUUUGUUUUACUAAUGUGUCAGAAUGUCAUCAGACGCAUCCGACUAAAAAAGACACAGGACGAGUCUCAAACAAACGUUAAUGCAGAGUCUGUUUCCAUGACGGCUGAAACGUCAGAGUAAUGACUAAUAUCGCUGUAAUCCUUUCAAAGAAAUGUUUCCAGUAGUGUUUUGUUUUACUUUGCUCAUAUAGUGAAAGUAUUCAGGUCAUCACAUGGAUAAUAUUGUUUUCUAAUGUUGCUUUGCUAGUAUUACCAUGUAUUAAUCAACAAUCUACAUCAUGUACUCAAGUAUCAUAACAAGACAUAGCUCAGGACUGAGGGAACAACAUAGACUCUGUUCUUCUAGUUAUUGCCUGUCCCUGUCCAGUCUGUUGGGAUAUACUAUGCUUUCAUUGGUUUGAUUAUUUUCUUUGCAUGCUUUGUCACAUUGAAACAUAUAUCUUGUUAAUCAGGAUGCUCUUUGAUGAGAGCAAUUACCUUAUCUGAGAAUAGUGGAGAUUUCCGUAAACUUGAUAUUAUGAUGGAUGCCUGAAGUUCGUUGUCCCAUGAUAAAAAAUAUCCACACGCCUUGCGUAUAAAAGCUGGGAUACCAUCAAGAAAGAAAUAUUGAAGCGCUGUAUUUUGAGCACUGUAUAGUUAGCAUUGAAGUCAAAACCUGGAACAGUUUUUGUUUGUGGAUUGAAUUCCUUCAAAUAAACUGCAUCUAGUGAAUA